AUGGCGUCGUUGUUUAAGCCUCCUCAAUCGGCAAGAUCGAAUCACAGCACACCAAAGCUAAGGCUACCCACGAUACCCACAGAGUUGGAGACCCCCGGAAGCAAUAUUGUAACUCCGCAACAGCAUGAACAAAAACAGAGGGACAGGCUCAGAGCGGAUGUGAGUCCUGUUCCCCCAUCAGCAACUAGUUCGACUACUAAAUCGCCAAUAUCGCUGAAAAGGAGACCUGUGCCGCCGCCAAUCCCGGCAAAGCUGGACGUGGAGGCAAAUCAAACGCAAAAGAGAUCCAAAGUUCCUCCAUCGGUUAUGAACACUGCAAGUUUGGAAAACUCGAUCCGCAAACUCGACAUAAAGACCCCAACUGGCAGCGAGACGCCCAAUGACGAUAUAAUGAGGCCGGAGACACAGCAGGGCAUUUACACAAGACAGGAUUUGAACAACUCCACGGAUUCGUACUUCUCGAACUUCAUAUCCACUUACGAGCAAAAUUCGAGCAGUACCAACACAAGCCCGUUGAAACCGGAGGCACGGACACCAAUAACAGCAGGUACAGAUGAUGUGCCCGUUAGCGAGGAUGUCGAUCAACUGGACAAAGAUAUAUGGCAGUACAGCUUUAUGAAGAACGAGAUUGAGACCCUCGGUAUGUUGGGGGAAGGUGCUGGUGGAUCGGUGGCGAAGUGUAAAUUGAAACACGGUAAGAAUAUAUUUGCGUUGAAGACGAUCAACACUUUGAACACGGAUCCUGAGUUCCAGAAGCAGAUCUUCAGGGAGUUGCAAUUCAACCGGAGUUUCAAGUCGGACUAUAUUGUGCGCUACUACGGGAUGUUCACGGAUGAAUCGAACUCCUCGAUAUUUAUUGCCAUGGAGUACAUGGGUGGGAAGUCCCUCGACGCGAUAUACAAGAACUUGCUGAAAAGGAAUGGGAAAAUUAGCGAGAAAGUGUUGGGGAAAAUAGCAGAGGAUGUAUUGAGGGGUCUAUCAUACCUCCACGAGAAAAAAGUGAUUCAUCGAGACAUCAAACCACAGAAUAUUCUACUUAAUGACCGCGGAGAGGUCAAACUGUGUGAUUUUGGGGUCAGCGGUGAGGCUGUGAACUCGCUGGCCACCACGUUUACAGGCACAUCGUUCUACAUGGCCCCAGAAAGAAUCAAAGGUGAACCUUACAGUGUCACCUGUGACGUAUGGUCCCUCGGGUUGACUAUACUUGAGGUGGCCGAGGGACAUUUCCCCUUUGGUUCAGAAAAGAUCAACAACACCAUCGCACCGAUCGAACUGUUGGUUUAUAUCUUGACGUUUACCCCUGAACUGAAGGACGAGCCCGAAAUUGGGAUCAGUUGGACCUCAUCGUUCAAGUCGUUCAUAGAGUACUGUUUAAAGAAGGAUCCAAGAGAGCGGCCGUCGCCGCGGCAAAUGAUCCAGCAUCCGUGGAUUCAAGGCCAAAUGAAGAAGAAAGUAAACAUGGCUAAGUUUAUCAAGAGAUGUUGGGACAACGAACCGCAAUAG